CUCGGCGGCCGAAAUUUUAUCCAAGGUUGAAUUCACGCAGAAUAUAAGUAGACUAGUGGAGGUCAUAUGCCAUCCGUAGAGCCUCGUUCUUCAAACUUCACCAGUCCAGUUUAGCGCUCUGACAACGGAGUCCUGUGUCCUUAGCGUGGAAGCAAACUUGGCAAUCAUACUAAAACGUACCACACCCGAUUGACAUCCGAGUCAUACUUAUAUAAAACGUACCACAUCUUACCAGUCCCGCCCAUCCCUCGCAUCCACAACUUACUCUUACAUCCGACUCACCAUGUUGUCCCAGAAUUUUAUGCUUGAGAAAGACCCUCUGUCUCUCGAGCGAAUACGUCAAAUUUUGGUCCGCCUCGAAGACACCAUCAUUUUCGAUUUGAUAGAGCGAGCGCAGUUUGCUCACAACCCUCGAAUCUACAUCCGCGGCUCCUUCCAGGAACUGAGGGAUAUGGGAUUUGAUGGAAGUUGGCUCGAGUGGUUCUUGAAAGAAAUUGAAACUUUUCAUGCUAGGGCUCGUAGAUACACAAGCCCUGAUGAAUACCCUUUCACGUCUAAUCUCCCCGCCCCGGUACUUCCACCCCUGGCUUUCCCAAAAAUACUAUACCCCAACACUAUCAGUGCAAAUCCAUCAAUCCUCUCUUUCUACACUCGCUCCAUCGUUCCACGUAUAACAAGGCGGGCCACCCUGGCAUUAGCUGCCACAAAGCGCUCAAAUGGGAUCAUUGGGGAUGAAGAAUACGAGGACGAUGGUAACUAUGGCAGCGCCGCCACAAUAGAUGUUGAAGUUCUGCAAGCAAUUAGCAAACGUGUGCACUACGGAAAAUUUGUCUCUGAAUCAAAAUUCCUUGAAAACCCCGCUGCCUUCGUCCCACACAUCCUGACGCCUAAUCGAGCUGCACUCGAUGCACUAAUCACAAAACCGGAAGUCGAACGCAAGCUGCUUCAGCGUUUGCGCAAGAAAGCUGCCAUAUACGCACAAGAAUUCAGUGCCGAUGGCGAUGCCAUCGUCAGCUCUCAUUUGGAUGGCACAGCAAAAAUUGACGUGGAUGGUGUGGUGGAGUUGUACGAAGGCUACAUCAUCCCCCUGACAAAAGAGGUCGAGGUCGACUACCUCUUACACAGACUGGAUGGUCUAUCACAGGAAGAAAUUGAUGCUCUCAUUGCAUAGUAAUGAUCCACGUGUUUGAUUUUACGAGACUAACUUAUUCAUGUCGCAUACCCGUCUAACUACCUUGAGCUUCUAAGUUCUUGGUACUUACUGAAAUACUCACUACUGUACAUAAUAAUCACAAUAGUCGAGGUUUUGUUGCUUUCUAUCAAUGUCGUUUAACCAUUGGGGGUAUUCCCACUA